UUUUAAGUUAGUCUGUUUACUCAAAUACUUGCAUAAAAAAUCUCAAAAAUAAAAAUAUGAUGAAACUUAUACUACUCUUUUGUACAUUAUUUGCCCUGAGCUAUAGUCGUGUAACUAAAAUUAAUUCACUAGAAUGGACACAAUAUAAGUUAAAACAUGGAAAAGUAUAUUACGAUUCCUAUGAUGAUCUCAACCAUUAUAAUCGGUAUAAUGAUGUCAAACAAGAGAUUGCUGAACAUAAUCGCCGGUAUUCCGAGGGAAAGGAGUCCUAUUUAAUGGCAAUCAAUAAAUACUCAGAUGUGGAUAUCAGCCAAUUCAAGGGUUAUAUAUACCACAAACACAAUGAUGACAUCAAUUAUGCCGACUCUGAGGACAAUGAACUGACUCGACGUAAAAGACGAGUAAAUAUACGGGACUUCUAUCGCAAAACACAAGACAAUGCAAACUCGCAAAUGUCACCCAAAGAUUUACUAAAUAUUUUUGAAAACUAUGGCUUUGAAUCAUAUUUAUCGCAUGAACACCAUAAUAAGACCAUAGUUCACAAAACCACCGGCGCUCGAGCCCACGAGUCAGUGGAUUGGCGUACGAAAGGACUGGUAGGCCGAGUGCGCGAUCAAGAAAGUUGCGGCUCGUGUUGGGCGCACUCGGCUGUCGGCGCGCUGGAGGGACAGCACGCGAAGGCUACGGGAAAGUUGGUGGAGCUGUCCGUCCAGAACCUCGUCGAUUGCACUGUCGAUAAAGGGGUGACCGGUUGCGAUGCCGGGGGGUGGCCUUACCAGGCCUACAAAUACAUCAUACGCAAGGGACGGGGUAUAGACACGGAGGCCUCCUAUCCCACCAUCAAUAGGGAUAACUACAAGUGUCUGUUCAACCGGUCAACCAUAGGCGCCACGGCUUCAGCCUUUGCUGUGCUAACCCCGGGUGAUGAGGAGGCGCUCAAGAAUGCGGUGACAAAUAUAGGGCCCAUAUCUGUGUGUAUGGAAGUGGCUGCCCCAUUUGUCUACUACGGGAGCGGAGUCUUUGAUUACCCCGACUGUGACUCGGCCUUUGAGACCAUCAACCACUGUAUGCUAGCCGUGGGCUACGGGACGGAUAGUAAGUCCGGUAAAGACUAUUGGUUAGUGAAGAACUCGAUGGGCAUAGAUUGGGGUGACCAGGGAUAUAUUAAAAUGGUUCGUAACAAACAUAAUCAAUGCGGUAUAUCUACGAUGGCAUCGUACCCGGUGGUGACACCGAUGUUGAAUAUGAUGGCACGUGUGGGAAACACCCGUCACCUAAUUGGGUUCAGUUGUGGCAAUCAGUUUGUGAUGACUAAGAGAACCGCUCUCACGGCUAUUUUAUAA